AUGCAUUCUACUGUUUUGAAUGUACAGUUCUGGAAAAGGAUAGGGACGGUUGCCCGAAAAUCGUCAACGUUGGCACUGCGAAAAUCGACCUUGUCUACGAGAAGAAAAAGUAUAAGCGGUAACGAACCCUUCAUGGGAGACACCCCCCAUCCCAGCAACUUGUUCGGCGCAUUCAUGAUAUUAAUCGUGUAAAACAAGAUCAAACACUCAGUCCUACCUAGAGUGAUAUAUUCAUACUCAUCUUUCGGUCUACUCAGCAACUAUCAUACGCCUCCCUGCAGUCGGAGACAUCUCUCUAGGCAUCUUUCACGGCCAUACACGAAUUUCGGCUCAAGUUUGGCGAGAAUCUCACGCUCCGUGUGCUGGCCAUGCGUAUAUGUACCGCUGUAGAUGUCAAGUCAAGUACCUUUGAACAGAGCUUGAAACGUGGCUGAGUCGGCGUGAUGAGUACUGAGAACAGAAUGAACUUGGCACGGAAGUUCAGAUGUAGAGAGAUCCCGUACUCAUAACUGAGCGCAUUGUUUAUGCGAGAGGUGCAAUCUCGGGGAGGGAAAAGAACUGAGAUCAUGCCUGUUCUGUAAUCACGUGUCUGUUCCCGAGUAUUCAUAUGCAUUUCUUCAGCAACAGAGGAGUUGCAGUUGCAUAUCAGUGUCGUAAGAACAGUUCUAGAAGAGGGUAGGGCGUGGAGGUUCAAAAGGCCCCACGUAAGCACCGCGAAAAGUGACCUUGUCUACGGCAUGAAGAACAAGAGAUAACGGACACCUCCACGGGAGACAUCCUCCAACCGAGAACAUUUUCAGCGCUUUAUCUAUUUCCGUAAACAAAAUCACGCAGUUAA